GACGACUCGGAAGUGUUGUUAAUGUCUGUAACACGUAUCGAUAGCGAGUGGGCUUUACAAUUCAGUCUGCAUCUGAAGGGAUUGUUGUUGCAGCACAUUGGAGGGUUAUUGAGUUUGGGCCCCUCAACAUGUCCACCGGUUACCAGGAGGAGGAGGAGGAGUAUGAAGACGAGCUGUACCGGGAAGACGAAGGCUCCUGGUCUUCGGGGGCUGAAAGUGAGGCAGAAGUUUGGCUCUAUAGCCAGCUGCACUACUCCACCGGCCUGGGACAGAGGGAGGAAGAGGAUGACGGUGAGGAAGGGCAGCGGCGGGGGGAGACGGGAGACGAGGAAGGGGCCUGCCCUGCAGCGGGCCGGGAUCCCAACACACAGCGGAGCCCGGGACAGCAGUGGAGCUCUGACAGGGACUCGGACCCGGACCCGGACCCGGAUUCUGACGGAGUGGAGAGCUGGAUGAUCCUGGAUGGGGAGGAGCAAGAAGGAGACUGCAACAUCCUGCUCAAUGUGGAAGUUUGGGGUAGCAGCAGCAGCAGCAGCAGCAACAGUUCUGCAGAAGAUGGAAACAAUGCUCACGACUGGACAGUUUCUGAGAAGGACAUGGAGGCUCAGAUUGGCAGCCGAUGCCCCUCCCUGCAACGUGCAUACCGCUACUACAACGCCACCAAGAGCGUCGCAUGCCAGAACUGCAGGAAGACUGGCCAUUUCUCCAGGGACUGCCCUGUUCCAAAGAAGCGUCCGUCCUGCUUGCUGUGUGGGGACGAGGGGCACCUCCAGCACGCCUGCUCCCACAGAUACUGCCCCAACUGCUGCCUGCCCGGCCACGGGUUCGAGGACUGCCUGGAGCUGGCCUACUGGCACAAGCGCUGCCACCGCUGCGGCGUGACCGGCCACUUCCACGACGCCUGCCCAGAUAUCUGGAGACAGUAUCACCUCACUACCCAGACAGGAACUCUGGUGAAGCCCGACCGCAUGGAUGCCCACAGGAACUCAGCAUACUGCUACAACUGUGCCAGAAGAGGACAUUUUGGCUUUGCGUGCAGCCAGAGAAGGAUGUCCAGCGGAAUCUACCCCAACGUCCCGUACGUCUCCCGCUACGACUCGACACAAGAUGUCUGCCAGAGGGACAGCCGGGUGCAGAAGAAAGCGAAAGAGUUGCUGGACGCUGGCCUCCUGGUACUCCCCCCUGAUCCACAAGGGGGCGACAGAGAAGAAUCGCCAACUGGGAAGAGGAAAAAGCACAAAGGAGGAGGGGGAAAGGAGGCUAAAGGGGCGACUCCCGGUGCCAGGAAGGGGGAGAGGCAGCCCGGCAGAGGGAAGACGUGGCCGGAGAAAAGGAAGGAGCGCCGACAGAUCAAGAAGCUUCGGAGAGAAGCGAUGGCCCAGCGAACGGGAGCGACUGGGCCAGCUCUGCUGGAGGAGGAGGAGGAGGAGGAGGAGCGACUCUUCCUCAGAGGCCCUGAAAGAAUACCAUCAGGGACAGCCACACCCCCUGUCAAAGGCAAGGCCAGCCCUGGUCUGUUUGGCUCAGGGAAACGUGGCGAUUGGAAGAACAGGAAGUGUAGAGACAGGAAGUGCAGGGACAGGAAGUGCAGAGAAAGGAAAAGCGCCAAGGGCAGGAAGCAAGGGGCCCUGAAGCAUGAGGAUGUCUACCCGUCAGAUGAGAACUUUCUUUCUGUCAAGCGCAAAGCACGUCAUCGCAAACGGUAGUCGUUGGUUACAAGUGUGUGAACGUGUCCGUGUGCACGCUCAAUAAUAGGCAGCUAUGAGCAGUUUUGGGGCUAUUCAUUUUUAGCUAUUUUAUAAAUGUUGUUUAUACAUGCCUUUUUUUUCCUGCUCUUCAGUCCUUGACCCAGUUACAGCGCCCUCUACAGUGCUGAAUACCACAUGGCUCCUGCCUUCUUGACUGCAGUGCUUCAUCUGUGCUAUUUCAUGAGGAUUUCACAAAACAUAAUGAUGAGACUCAGCUAUUACCAAUUUAUACAUAACUUAUAUAUUUAUAUACAAUAUGUUUUGUAACUCAAUUAUGUAGAACAGUUGGAGUUCUUACAAUACAAUAAACUAAAAGUCCAUA